AGUGUGGUAGCGGCGCAGAGGAGACGAAAAGCUACAUCUCUGUUAUAGUCUGGGAAAACUUCAGUGUUGUCACGACACACGCGCGUACACCAGCUAAAGCUGCGUGUAUCUUUCGGGAUAGAACAAUUCCUAAUAAAUUUGAAAAAAUAAAAUUAAACAAUAAUAAAUCGAAAACUUUUGAACCCACAAUUAGGUUUAGAAGUUGUCUUCGAUAAUCAAAAUGAAGGAAAAAGAUGAAUGUUGUGGUACAUUAUUCGGAUGUUUUCCGCGUAUUCAAAUGAAAAAAAAAUCUAAACAAGAUCAUAAGUCAAUAUACCAAGAAAGUCCUGGAUCAGUUCAAACUUUCUACCGUGAAAAUCGUGGGAAAUCAUGUAGGAAAAUUAUGCGUUUUAAUGAAUAUCCAAAUAAAGUUUUACUGUAUCCCGAAGAAGGAUGGGCUAGAAGUGCUGUAUCAAGUUAUUGGACUUUAACUCCCAUAUGGUGGAACCGUAGUAAAUGUAAAGUAGUCGAAGUUACUGGAACUAGAAAAUAUACGACAAUUGCUAAAAUGGUAGAUAUUGACAAUGGAAAACUAUGCAUUAUAGGAUCUUUCAAAAAACGAAUUGAUCCAGAUUUUAAACUAUGCCUCACGUCCGAUGUGAACACUGCUGAUUUCAACAUGGGAUAUAGUCUGACCGGGUCACUAGAAUGUGGUUCUACGAAGAACAACAGCUUUCAAACAACGCAUUUUGCCGUUAUUCGAAGAAGGGAUUUCGAUGUGAAUAGACCUUAAUAACAAUAAAAUAACAAACGUACCUAAUCAAAUGCGAUUAUUUGAAAACAAAAACCGAUCGCACCUGGACACAAAAAAUAAUAACAUACUAUCAUUCUGUGAAUAAUAAACCAAUGGCUGAAUUGGUGUACAAAACAUAAAAACUAGCAUCGUUAUGAUCAAUAAAAACAAACGAUUAUAUUUUUGUAGAAAAAUACCUAAUUUGUAUGUAAUUUUAGACGUUGCUAUUAUAUUUUCUAUGAAACGGUUUCCACUGCCAACAUUUUUGAAAGAUUCAUUUAUACAAUUUUGUUUUAUUAUGGUAUAAUAUUAUUGUAGUUAUGUGAAUUAAUCUAAAAGGUAAAAGCUUCAUGCGUAGGAUUCUAUGAAUAGUUUAUGUAAGAAUUUUUUAUUGGGCGUACAUUCUAGUUGUAUGAUAAAAUGUAAUCAGUUCUAUUUUACUAUUGCUAAUUUUAUUGUAUCCUUUUAUUUCACUCAUCAUGUGAAAGAAAACUCAAAUUUACAUUUUAUUGUUAUUUAAAUUUUGAUAAAUACAAACAUGAAUUCCAUUCAAACUUAUUCCAUUCCUAAGAAAUGAUUACGAUCUUACUUAUUACCAAUGUAAAUUUUGAUUUUUUCGCCUUGUUGGUAAAAUAAGUAAAACAGUUUUAUUUAUCUUAACAUUAUAUGCAUUUAUUUGUUGAGUUGUAUAUAAAUUGUUUUGCGAUCUAUUUGUAUAUAAUAUGCAUCAAAGUAAAAAUAUACUCAAACAUAUGCUGGUUUUAGUUCUCCUAAACGUAUUAUUAAAAUUCAGUAAAAAGUUGAAAAAUGUUCAAAGUUUGUGUUUCAGUUUACGAAAUCCCUUUAAAAGUUUUUAUAGAAUUCACACGAGUUUCACUGUGAAUUUGUCUCAUCUUAUGUAUUUUUAACCGACGCAAAUUCAAUACACGAUUACGUGAUAAGAAUUCAAUAUAUACAUAAAUGUAUAAACGUGAUUUUACAUUUACAAAAAUCAUACUGAAAUUAUAACAGUACAUUAUUUUGUUUUCCUGUUUCAUUGAUACACCAUUUUUUUUUUUUGUUAUUUAAAUAUACUUAAUUUAGCUGAAACGAAUUUUUAUAUAAUAAGAAUUUACAAGAUUGUAUUAAAAUCGAUACAAUACAGCCAUUACGUCAGGAUACCCGUCCAAUAUGAAUAACGCUGCUGUUGGGUAAUUUCAGUUUUUACUGAGAUAUAAACAAUCAAUUAGAAAAUUAUUAAUUAUUUUAAAUGACCUCAUAAAACUACAAUUUAGUAUUAUAGAUGGAGAGAUACGAUAUGUACAUACCUAAUGAGUAAUUUUUUAAAAAAAUUAUUGGAGUUGUAUUUUUUGAAUUUAUUUUUUAGCAAAAUCAACUGCACGUUUUAACGAGAGUGCAGAACUUAAUUCGGAAUUGAAAAAUAAUAAUAUUUACGAAAUUGAUAUACAAAACUUAUGUUAUUAAGUUUCUCAUAGUUUACAAGGGUGUAGUGUUAAACAGGGUGAUAAAACUUAAAUACGAGCUGCACAUAUCACGUAAAAUAAUAAAUAUAUGUGUUCAAAUGAAUCAGAUGACAGGAUGUUUGUAAAUCUACUGUUUGAAGCAUUUAUAUUAUAGUUUUUCUUCAUAUAUCAGAAAAUAAUUUUUUUUGAUCAUACUAUCUCAUAGAAUAUGAAAGUAGCUCCUAUUAAUUAUUGUCACUCUGUGUUUUAAAAUGCAAUGCUUAAAAUGUUGUACUUAUAUUUUAUGUGCUUAUUUAAAGAGGACCUUGAUAUGUUAAUCACUCUGUAAUAGAAAAUUAAUAAAAUAAAAAAAUAUUGUGAAAUUAUAUUAAUUUUGUAGUAGUUUAAAUGUAAAUUGUUACACAGGUUGUGAAAAUGCUUUAAUACAAUUUUAAACGUUUAAAUAUUUAAGCAUCGAUUUAAAGCA